CGAUGUUAUAGUCCACGGUUUAUAAACAAGAAUAUACGCGUUUUAAUUCACAGAGUUAAAAGUUGUGCUGCGGAUUCUUUUGUUUUUUCAUCUGUGAUGAAGGAAGGUCAUGUUGUUCAUAACCUGUAUGUGAAUGAGUGUAGUGAUAAUUUUUGCGUGUGAUUUAGUCAUGUAUACUCUGGUACAUGUUUCCGUAGAAUUAUAGAGGAUUCGAAGGUUAAUUAUGAGUUCCAAGAAAGUUUCUUACUUUUAUAACCCUGAUGUUGGGAACUUCCAUUAUGGCCCGGGACAUCCAAUGAAACCACAUAGAUUGGCAGUUAUCCAUAGUCUUGUUCUCAAUUAUGGUUUGUAUAAGAAAAUGCAGAUAUAUAGACCAUAUCGAGCAAGUGCUCAUGAUAUGUGCAGAUUCCACUCUGACGAAUAUAUCGAAUUUCUUCAGCGAGUGACUCCCCAGAAUUUGCAGGGCUUCACGAAGUACUUAAGUCAUUUCAACGUCGGUGAUGACUGUCCCGUGUUUGAAGGUUUGUUUGACUUCUGCUCAAUGUACACAGGAGCGUCUUUGGAAGGGGCCAUGAAACUGAACAAUAAUUGUUGCGAUAUAGCUAUAAAUUGGUCAGGUGGUUUACAUCAUGCGAAGAAGUUCGAAGCAUCAGGAUUCUGUUAUGUGAAUGACAUAGUGAUUGCAGUUCUAGAGUUGCUAAAGUACCAUGCUCGGGUGUUAUACAUCGAUAUAGACGUUCAUCAUGGGGAUGGCGUUCAGGAAGCAUUCUACCUCACCGAUCGAGUCAUGACAGUGUCGUUCCACAAAUAUGGAAACUACUUUUUCCCUGGGACAGGUGAUAUGUACGAAGUUGGUGCGGAAAGUGGACGCUACUAUUCUGUCAAUGUUCCCCUGAAGGAAGGCAUUGAUGAUGUGAGCUAUGUGCAAGUAUUCAAACCUGUAAUCUCCAGUGUGAUGGAAUUCUACCAACCAACAGCAAUUGUGCUGCAGUGUGGGGCAGAUUCACUUGCCAAUGACAGAUUAGGUUGCUUCAGUCUCAGCACAAAGGGACAUGGGGAGUGUGUGAAGUUUGUGCGUGACUUGAAUGUGCCUCUCCUGGCUGUGGGCGGCGGAGGGUACACUCUUCGUAACGUAGCCCGCUGCUGGACAUAUGAGACUUCUCUGUUGGUAGAUGAGGCUAUAAGCAAUGAACUUCCAUACACUGAAUAUUUGGAGUAUUUUGCCCCUGAUUUCACACUGCACCCAGAUGUUGUCUCACGCCAGGACAAUGCCAACAGCAAGCAGUACCUUGAGACUAUCACGAAACAUGUGUACGACAACCUCAAGAUGUGUCAGCACUCUCCCAGUGUUCAGAUGCACGAUGUUCCUGGCGAUGCAUUUCCCUCCCAAGAUGGUGGUGGCCACGAUGAGACAGACCCUGACGUUCGGGUGAGUCAGGCAGAUGAGGAUCGACGCGUUGAGCCAACCAAUGAGUUCUAUGAUGGAGAUAAGGACCAGGAUAAGGUUGGGGACGAGGCCUCUUGAAGCAUGUCAGCCGUGGUGAUUGGUACUGCAAGGAAUGUGUUGAUAUCUACGCAAGUGAAGUGUGAGCUGCCAAAGGCUGUCGGCAUCAAAUUUAAAAUUUGGCACCUUCCAACAAAAUACAAAUUCAGUUUUCAUGCAUUUUUAUGCUCUGUACAUUUAUGUAGAAUGCUCUGAUUAACGUACAGGAUGGAGUGUUUCCU